AUGGAUGAAUAUUUUCAUUUUCAUCAAGCAGCUAAUUAUUGUUCAGGAAAUUAUAAACAUUGGGAUCCAAGUAUAACGACACCACCUGGUUUAUAUAUAAUGACGCAUUUAUUUGAAAUGAUAUUAAAUAGUCUUCAAAUAUUAGAUAAAACAUUUGGUCAAUGUUCAUUAGGAUUAGCUCGAUUUACAAAUGUUAUUUUUAUGUUAGCAUUACCAUUUAUUUUUAUGAAAUAUCUUGAAAAAAUAAAAAAAGAAGAUAAACAAACUUCCAUGCUUUCCGCAAUAUGUAUAAGUUGUCAUCCAUUAAUUUAUUUUUUUACUUUUCUUUAUUAUACUGAUGUUGGUUCAUUAUUUUUUGCUAUGGUAUCUUUGACAACGCAUGUUUAUCAUUAUCAUCUUUGGUCAGCAAUGUUUUCUAUUAUUGCAUUAACAUUUCGUCAAACAAAUAUAAUAAUUGUUGCUUAUGAAAUUGGUUUAACUAUAAUUGAAGAAUUUCGUUUAAAAAAUAAACAAAGUCAUAUAUUACAUGUUUAUACAUCUCGUUCAAGUGAUACAAUUAAUAUAAAAGAAUAUAUAACAGUUCUAUGGAAAUAUAGUCGAUUAGAAAUUAAAUUUAUUUUAAAUCUUAUUCAAUCUAUUAUUUGGAAAUGUCGAUAUCAUCUAUGUGUAAUUAUAUUAUUUUUAAUAUUUUUUAUUAAAAAUAAUUAUUCAAUGACACUUGGUCAUCAAGAACAUCAUCAAAUUGUAUUACAUUUAGCUCAAAUGCAUUAUUAUGCUGUAUAUACUUCAUUUUUUGUUAGUGCACAUCUAUUAACAAAAACAAAUCUUCUUCGUCUACUUCGAUUUAUUCGUUCACAUUCAAUUAUUUGUAUUCUAUUAUUAUUAUUAAUAAAUGCAAGUAUAAAAUAUUUUACAUAUGAACAUUUAUUUCUUAUAUCUGAUAAUCGUCAUUAUACAUUUUAUAUAUGGUCACGUUUAUUUAAACGUUAUACUUUAUUUCGUUAUUUAUUAACUCCAAUAUAUAGUAUUUGCAUAAUAUUACUUUAUUUUCAAAUAUAUGAUCGAUCAUUAUUAAAUAUACUUCUUUUAUUAAUAUCUAUAAUAUUAUUAACUAUUUUUCAAAAAUUAUUAGAAUUUCGUUAUUUUAUAUUACCAUUUAUAAUUCUUCGUUUAUCAAUUAAUGAUAAAAAAACAUGGGGAUUAGUUUUUGAAUUUAUUCAAGCAAUAAUUAUUAAUAUUAUAACAUUAUAUGUAUUCUGUCAUCGAACAUUUUUUUGGUCAACACAUCCAAAUAUUAUACAAAGAUUUAUGUAUUAA